AUGUGUUGUUGGUCCAAGUCAGCGACAGUGUCCUCUACAAGCCGCACAACAGCUCACUCGUAUAUUAUUUUAGAUAUGUACGGGUCGCAUCCUCAGUCUAGUUCUUCUGGCCAACAAAAUUCGGGUCCUCCAGUACCAGAAUGGCGGGUUCCAUCGACUGCGCAACAGCGGCCCUCACGGAAGCCUACACCUGGGCCUACUCCGCCGCCUCCUCCUCCACCACCUCCUCAUCCUCCACUAUCGGCAUCUUCUUAUAAUCCGAGCACAUAUGGCUCUAUAUCUGGUCCCGCGCCUGGCUCUGGCGCAAGUGCCUCGCCAGCCCCUGGCUCAGCCGGCAUGGAUACUAGCGCUUGGGGUGUAAAGUACAACAGGCAGCAAUAUCCUAUCUACGCGCCUCCGCCGCUUCCUCCUCGGCCCCCGAGUACUCCUGCCCAUUCUUCUAGUGCACAGUCUCCGAUAGUGAGCCCGUUGGACAAUAAGCCUUUACAAGUCAAUCCAACAUAUGGGCCUCCAACUUCAGCUGCAGAAUAUCAACCACAAUGGACGACGAAUGCUCCGCAUGUAUCUCAGGCCCCUGUGGUUAGCCCUCUAUCUCCACCUCCGCCACCUCCAGUACCUCCUGGGUACCAAAGCUCAAUACCACAGCAAGGUAGUCAACCAUCGCAGCAGUUGUCGCCUCCGCCGUAUUCGGUCCUUCCUUCUGGAGAGUCUCAUAGUUCGCAAAACAGUAGCGCCCAACAGCAUGCCUCUCUCUCUUCUUCUAACGCCUCAUCACCACAACCAACAUUAUCGGGGCAAGUCCCACUGACCGCUGCAAAUCCCGUACCAUGUGGAGCUGGCCUACCUGUGACCGCUCCCCCAGUCCCUCCUAAGACCAGCCACAAUGCUCUUCCCACAAACACCGCUGUAUUGGGCUCUGGUGGUCCUUCUGACUGGGAGCAUUUGACACCUACUCCAGGAGACGUUGAUGAUGUGGAGGCUUUUGGGGUUAAACAUGGCAACGGCACUCAUUCAAGUGCUACAUCGGAGCCAACACCACGAUACCCUGCACCAAUUCCCACUGCAACUUCAGGCAGUCAGACUGUGAUAUCUACGCCGCCUGCGGAUGUGUCCCCUAUAAGUCAGCCUGUUCAUACCCAAGAUACCACGGCAGCGCAGCCUUUCUUAAGCAGUUCCAGCGCAACACAGGGCAUUCAAGAUCCGCCUCGCCCAAUCAGAACGGAUACUUCUGGGUCGACGUACAGUACUGCCUCUACCACUGGGACGUCUGAGAGCAUUGAUGGUGUCAUUGAAGCCUGGAAUCGGCCCGUUACUACGGACCUUCAACCCUCAAUCACCCAAGCUGGUCAAAGUAUCAGUUCUCGAACGGAUAGCCCAACACCAAUGCAGAAGCUCAGCCCGCUUGAGAUCCCCAAAGUAAAACAGGAUUCCAGUGUACCGCGUAAAGAAGUUCAGUCGGGCCCAAAUACUCCCCCCUCAAGCAACACCCCUAACGAAACCAGUGCCAAGGUGGACGCAUUAUCUCCACAACUCAAGCCGUUAGAUCCCUAUGAAGACUUAGAUCCUUGGUCCAAGUCUUCAUUGGAACGCUACGUGGCUAUGUUACGAAAGGAGGCAGUUGCUGAUUCUGAUAUGGAGCGCUUCAAGAUAUUUACAGCUUUCAUGUCCAAGGAAACUAAACUACGUGAGAUCUUGUACAACAUUGAGCAUGAACCCAAAAAUGAAGAAGCUCCCAGUCAAAAGCCGACACCAGCUUCGGAGGAGUCAAGCCAGAAGUCUGGUAAGGCUUCCCCUCCAGUCGAGUCAGGCUUAAUACCGGUUGAAUCAGAGGAGGGCAACGAGUCAGCCGACGCUUCGGAAGACCUUGAAGACGGAAAGUAUAGCCCAGGAGGCCGUCCUAUCAUUCCCAGGGUUGAAACGCCUAGUACUCUUGGUCUUCAAAGACCUGCUUCUCAACCGCCAGGGAAAGGACAUAGCUUAGGGCAUCAAAAUCAGUCCCAACCCUUGAGGGCUACGUCGGUACCACCUUCUAUGCUUGAUAAGCAGGAGUUGUCUCCUUUAACAACUAACCCCCCACAACCUAUAUACACACCAUUUCGAUACACCGAAGGCCCUCAACGGGGCUCCGAUCACCUUGUAAUUGAUCGCCCUGCAUACCAGGCCUACUCGGCCUUACGACAAGCCUCAGCGGAAAGUGGGCGGGUGAUGUCGAACGCCCCGCACUCAGGAUUUCAAGAAGAUUCCCACUCUACGGCCCCUCUUGCAGGAAAUGACGACGAAACUUUCAUUGGACUAAUCAGGGAGAAAAGCGUUGCUUACCGCAAGGCAUCCCGUAGGAAGUCGUCUCCUCCCCCUCCUUUACCAAUGUCACUCAGGAAAGGAAGGCCUAGUGGCCCAGUUGAUGAUCUGCGCUCCAUGGUAUCGUCACCCCUGGCUAAGCAAUCAGAAAGCUCAUGGCACAUUACAACACGAAAGAACUUAGAGAAGUAUUCAACAGACUUUGAUUAUAUAAAGGAGGCGGUUAAAUCCUGGGAGACUGCGAACAAAUCUCGCAGAGAAAAAGUAGACAAGCAGCGCAUGCAUCGUCAAGAGGAGUCCGAGAAACGCAUUGAUGCGUUGUUUAACGGAAGAGAGAUAGGAUAUGCAGACAUUAAUGUCCUUGAGGAAGAAUUCCGCCAAACGGAAGCCCGUGCUCAACUAGACGAAGAAAGACAAGAACUGGACGACUACAUUGCAAAGGUGUUCAAUCCGCUGGAUGAACGCUUGCAGAAAGAGAUUUCUGCACUCCAAACACAGUAUGACUCGGCGCUUGGCCAGCUUGAUCAUGAGAACAACAAGAUCAAGAACUCAGUGACAGACAAAUACAAUUUGUCUCACACGAUGAAAACAGUGAAUGGGAUCUACCAAAAGCUUGAGGCUCGCUACCAGAAACGUCUAGAAAUAGCUCUGGACCGUGAACAUCGACGAAAGAAAACCGAAAGACGGCCUCUAGUUUUCAUGGGAGAUUCAGUAGCCCUCAAGCAACUGGAUCGGGAGUUUGAUGAGAUGGAGAAGCGAAAUAUUUUAGAAGCGGCGAAAGACCGGGAUGAGAGGGCGAACAGGUUAAUGGAUUCAUUCGACGAUGCGAUCAUGCACGGGCUGGGAGAGAACCAGAGUCUUCUCGACGAUGUUUCUGCGAAAUUGUCGAAGAUCGAUGCCGCAACCAUUCGUUCAUCUAACUUACCCGACUCUGAGAUCGAACAUAUCUUGAGAUCUGUGUAUAACCUAGUAGACUCUCUACGUCAGGAUUCCGAAUCAAUCCUGCACAAUUUCGGCAUCGCAGAUUCAGCUCUCAACGAUGCCGAUUACGGCGUUUCUGUUGCCGAAGCACGUUAUUCUAACGCAGAUGACGAUGUAUUCGGACGACUCGAGGACGACAAAAAGAAAGAGGAUGCCAAAAUCCAGGCAGAUCUUAAAUCCAAAUUGGACAGUGUCCGCGCUGCACCCGCCGAUAUUACCGCCACCAUCAACAACCUCCUCAAAUCCUUAGGCAAAGCUCCCAUCACCAAGCCGAACCGCCCAUCAGAAUCUGCCCCUGUAGGCCACCCUAUUGACGUUCUUUUCCCUGGUCCUCGCCCUACGGCUAGCGCUGGUCCCAAAAAAACCGAUGAGGAUCAGGAACAUCAGGAGCGGCUUCGCAAGGCUCUCGAGAAUGCAAAGAAGAGAAAUGCCGCAAGGAAUACUCCACAACCGCCGAAUUAG